AUGGACCACCUCCCUGCUAAUGAACAUCCCAGCGCUCCGCCCGUGUCAAUCGACCAGACUGUAUCCGACUUCGACGGGGUGACCUUUCAUAUAUCAACACCAGAAACGAAAACAAAGAUUCUUGUCUCGAUUCAGAUCAAGUGCUAUAGGGACCUUGUGAAGUAUGGUGCUGAGCAGGUGCUGCGGCGCGAGUACGGUGAAUAUGUCGUGCCAGCCGAACCCGGUUACGACUUCUCUGUUCUAGUCGACCUAGAGAAUCUGCCGGCAGAUAAAGAGGCACGCGAUGACCUUGUCAUGAAGAUCGCUCUCCUCAAGCGCAACGCUAUGGCCGCACCGUUCGAGGCUGCUUACGAGGAACACUACAAGUUGAAGGAGGCUGCGUCAAAGUAUACAUCCGAAGAGGCACCACAAGGCGUUCGGGAAGGCGGAGAGGUCAUGGCGAUUCAUUACCGAGAGGAGGAAGCUAUAUACGUGAAAGCGAGCCACGACCGUGUGACAGUCAUCUUCAGCACCAUCUUCAGGGAAGAAACGGAUCGCGUGUUCGGCAAGGUGUUCAUCCAAGAAUUUGUUGAUGCUCGAAGACGGGCAAUUCAGAAUGCACCUCAAGUUCUUUUCCGAAAUGACCCGCCGUUGGAACUUCAGGGUGUCCCCGGAGUUCAAAAUACAGGCACUGGAGAGAUCGGUUAUAUCACCUUUGUUCUAUUUCCUCGACACCUCACCCCUCAGCGGAUGCCAGACGUCAUCUCGCACAUUCAGACUUUCCGCGACUACUUCCAAUAUCACAUCAAAGCAUCUAAGGCCUACAUCCACACAAGGAUGAGACGGCGCACGGCGGACUUCCUGCAAGUCCUCCGAAGAGCGAGGCCUGACAACGAAGAGAAGGAGCAUUGGGAGCACUUCAAGGAGCCGCGCAAUUGGAUUCCCACGUUACUCGUGACAGCAACGGCGCUUGCAUCACUGCAUGUUUACCGGUCGUACUUGCGCCGCAUCCCGGGUGUGGACCACAUACAGCCGAGCUUCUUCAGAAAGAGGAGCUUGUUCGGACGGGUCACGAGUGUCGGCGAUGGAGACAACUUUCACCUAUUCCAUACCCCUGGUGGAAGACUUGCAGGCUGGGGAUGGUUAAGAGCCAUACCCAAGGAGCGAAAAGAACUCAAGGGCCGGACUAUUUCAGUUCGUAUAGCCGGAAUUGAUGCACCGGAAGGAGCACACUUUGGGCGUCCAGCACAGCCUUACGCCGCCGAGGCUCUCUCGUGGUUAUCCGGAAGCAUCCUACAUCGACCCAUCAGGGCCUACAUCUACAGACGCGACCAGUAUGAACGCGUUGUCGCCACCGUCUAUAUCCGCCGCUUCCUCUUUUUCCGGAAAGACAUUGGCCUAGAGAUGCUGCGUCGGGGUCUGGCUACUACAUAUGAGGCAAAAACUGGCGCGGAGUUUGGUGGAGCCAAGAUGGAGAAGAAAUAUAAAGCCGCAGAGGCAGAGGCUAAGAGCAAGGGAAAGGGUCUUUGGAGCGCUCUAGGAGGGAAAUCAAAGGGGUGGUUUGGACUAGGAAAGGGACCAGAUGAGCCCUUCGAGACACCCCGCGAGUACAAGUCAAGAAUGAAUUCUCAGCCGAAACCCGAGAAAGGAGAUCAAAAUAGGACAUAA